UUGCAUAUAAAAGCUCUCAGACACUUCCAGAAACCGUUGGAGAACACUUCAAUACUUCUUCUAGUGAGGGGCGAAUAACUCUGCAAACGGAAUUACAAACAAACAAACAAGCGCAUAGAGGAAGAGAUUGAGCAAGAAAAUGUCAGAUUUUGAUAAACCCAGAACAGUGAAGUUACUGUGUCCAUAUCUAUCCACGACAGUGCCAUUCACAGCAUGGGAAGACCAGAAAUUGGACUUGGGUUCGAUAGCAAGGGCAUUCGGGUUAGACCCAUCAACGUUGAAGCUAAAUGGUCACUUCAUUAGUAGAGGAGUUGAUCUUAUAUCUUCCUCUGUUACUUGGCGAUCGCUUCUUAAGUUCUUUUCUUCUAAAGGGUUAUCUACUGGUCAAGAUGACGCGGAUGCUCUUGUUGUCGAUGGCAAGCUUUGUAAAUCUGGGACCAAACGAGCAUACAGCCCUCAAGAUGCUGCUACUUGUAGGAUUAAUUACAGAACUGAACCAGAGAAAGUUGGUAUUAGGAGCGGGAUACAGCACGGACAUACCGAGUUGCUUAUGAAUAAAAUGUUGAAGGUAAAUAAUUCAGGAUUUGGAGCUGACCAUCAAGUUCCCAAAUAUAAUGGACUUGGCUUCAAGAGGAAGCAAUUGUUGGAAGAUGUCAAUUUAUUCAAAAAGUUAAAGAUAAAUGAAGCCAACUCAGAAUUUGGAGGAGGAGGCAAUGGCUAUCCUGGAGUUAUCUCAAGCAACAGACUGAAGUGUGGCCACAGAGUGGCGACAUGAAACGGAUAAGAGACAAUGAAGUGGUAUUGGCUGCUCCUUGCAAAAGAAUCAGAUGAAAUGUCAAUCUACUACAACUCCUUUACAAUAUUAUCUUUCAAAUGUUUAAGUGUGUUGCUUGUUAAAUAUUUGCUGUUUACAGAUUACAAUAUCCAAAUUCUGCAAAUGAUACAUGUGAGAAUGGGAGAGAGCAAUUAGAAUUUC